CUAAGCCACAGGGUUCGUAGCCAGAAACAUAAGUCUCGAUUUGGAAUCACUCCAGAUCGCUUGGGCUCGGUGCGAGCAAACUCGUCUGUGACUCAGUAAUGGCGGAUUUCCAGAGUUCAACUCACCGUGGCAAGUGGAUUUUCACUCCUCAUUCUCUGGCAGAGAAAUACAAAGCUUCCAAUCGAAGGGCCGUGCAAAUGCUGGAGAAGUGUGGAACAACCCAAGUUGAAGUAGAUCCCAGUGGAUCACUAUUAUACCCUACACGUAAAGUCGAUGCAGGAGAUCAAGCUUCCAAGAAGCUAAAGCCUCUGAGUGUUGAAGAAGAACAGUCCAUGAGAGCUUUUUAUGAGGCGAAGCUUCAAGAAGUGUGUAGUGCCUUUUGCUUUCCUCAUAAAAUUCAGGCAACAGCCCUCCAAUACUUUAAAAGAUUUUACCUGCAAUGGUCUGUCAUGCAACAUCAUCCAAAAGAAAUAAUGUUAACUUGUGUGUAUGCAUCUUGUAAAAUAGAGGAAAAUCAUGUCUCCGCAGAGGAGAUAGGGAAGGGAAUUCAACAAGAUCACCAAAUAAUUCUCAAGUAUGAGAUGGCUGUUCUUCAGAGUUUGGAAUUUGAUCUAAUUGUUUAUGCACCUUAUCGUGCAAUUGAAGGUUUUGUCAAUGAUAUGGAGGCAUUUUUCCAAGUAAGAGAUGAUAAAGUCCAGAAACUGAAGGAUGUUCUUAAAGCUGCAACAGCAGAAACUGAUAAAAUCAUGCUCACAGAUGCUCCUCCUCUUUCCCCCUGGCCAGGUAAUUUGGCAUUGGCUGCCUUGCGUAUGGCAAACGGAAUAGUUGGAGCUGUUGACUUUGACAGAUACCUAGAAAACAUUGUUUCUCAACCAAAAUCUGGGCACGCCAUUUCAGAGCUCACGAAUGUACUUAAUGCAAUUGAAAGUUUGGCAAAGAGCUAUAAAUUCCCUAGCGAAAAGGACAUGAAGCACAUCAACCGGAAGCUAAAAUCUUGUCUAGGACAUAGUUCACAUGACGAGAGUAAGAAACGGGAGAAGAAAUCAAAGCACAAACUCCAUAAGAGUUCCAACAAUACAGAAAUGGAGCAAUGAUGGGCUGAUCUUCCGAG